AUGUCCGACCCCAGACUUGUUGAUAUGGAACCCGGCGGAGAGAGCACUCAAUAUGAGUCUAUCCGCGAAUUCACUAAGACUCCCCCAAAGCAGACAGGACAAUUGGGGGGCGGCAGUAAGCACACUAUAAGCGAAGUGAGCCCUGGUCUAGGGACAGAUAGCCCAGCACCCAACAAUGACGAGGAUCUCCAGGCACAGAAGCUGGGCAUGGGAGUAUUCGCUGAGUCCGGUAAAGAUAUGACACGUGACGACGACGAUACCAAGGCCCGCAGACAGCAGGGGUAUGGGCCUGGGUCUGGUGUUGGGGCUUAG